AAACUUGCAUGGCCCGGAAAAGUGAAGAACAAUGAAGCGGGUACGAGCUGGCACGAGCGGGUAGCGUUCUACGCGUCACAAACCCGGGUAUAAAAACGUCGACACGGAAGAUUCCAUCGCGCUGAAGAUUCUAACGGACAUUAAUGUGAAACACUGAGGUGCAGUGGGCUGUUUGGCGGGAACCACUGCGUGAAACCCGGGGGGGGAAGCGUGGGAAGCCGAAUUUCAGUUCAAAACAAAAACAGUACCCGGCAGAAUAUCUGCUAAAAACAAAUCCUUCCGCGUAUGCCUUGCACGCAGCAUUUAAACCCCCCUUUUUCCUCCGCCUCCUGAUGUCAAACCGUUUUGCAUACCGACUUCCGCCCCGCUCGCGCUCCCUCCCUCCGUGUGCAGCGGCCGGCGGAGCAGCUGAUCUGACAGCAGGAUACAGUAUCACAGCGAGCCGUGCACACACAAAAAAAGCUGACUUAAAAACUUCAUUUAGCGAGGAGGAGGCGGAUGUCGUGUGCGGUCGAUGUAGGUCGGAGACGGAUUAGAGGAAACGGAGGAAGAUUUUUUUUUGAUGCGAUGGGAUUUGCUACUUUCGUAUGAAGAGGAGGCGGACCUAUGAGACGCUCAAUAUGCUGAAGCUGUCCCCGGUGUUUGUAUACUGUACGUGGAAGUACAGAGACUGUUUUCCUCCAACUCACAGGCCCACGUAAGGAUUUACACAGCGUUUUUUAUUUUUUGCGCUUUUUCCUUUUUUUUGUUUUGUUUUGGACACGGGAUUCCGCUUUGCUUUUUAUUCACAUUUUUUUAAAUCGGUAAAAUUAUGGGGGACUGGUUUGUGGUAGCUCGCAGCAGUCACCCCUCUGAAACAGCCAGUAAACCCAUUAGAGUCUUUUUUUAAAAGGGGGUCUUAUUUCAAAGUUGACCCAUGAUGAACUAUUAUUUUGUAUUUUUUGCUCAUUUUUUACCUCUUAGUCGGUGCAUUUUUUAAAUGAUAUUUCUCUUUAAAAAAGACUAUUAUUUAUUUUUUUGUUUUUCACCCUGACCGUGACAUUUUUUCCCUCCUCCCAGGAUUGAUUUUUCUCCCCUAAUUUUUCCACCAUGAGUUACAUUCACAAGAUAUUGAAUGUAUUGCUACGUGGACUCGUCAUCUAUGCGGUACUGGGCUUGGAGUGCACUUACUCGAAUGAUCUACCCAGCCACUCGUCUGAUGCUGCAAAUGUAGCCACCACAGACCCCUGUCUCAAAGUGAUGCCGCCAUGCAUGGGCGAGGCCGACCGCUUCAGUCUGGAGGCGCUGCGGCACAUCCACAAACAGCUGGAUGACGACAAUGACGGGGGAAUCGAGGUCAACGAGAGUGUGGAGGUGAGUUUUUAA